AUGGUGGGCUGUGGUGGGAACAAGAAGCAGAUCGUCAUCUCAUUUGGCGAUGAGGACGGGAAUCCGUUGGUACGAUACUUGGCCUCCAGCCUCCAUCCCCCACUCCCAUUUUCAACCACCUGGUCGACCUUCUAUCUUUCAAACAUCAUGGUGAGAACAGCUCAGAUUGCACGGUAUCCAUCCGACCCAAUCAGGCGAUGGAUUCAACGGGAAUAUGCCGACCAUGGAGGCAACACUGUCAUUCUGGGGAAGUUUUCCUAUGAAAGCCAAUUCUAUCGGCCGGAGGAAGGUGAAGCUUACCGAAUUCAAGUAUACAGCACCACUCCUAUCCAGCCAGAGGAGCUCCACAAGUUGUACGCAUAUUUCUGCUUUGACCUCAGCUGGCCUCCCUUUUUGGAAAUUUACUCCUACAACCCACCGGAUGGUCUGGCCUGCGUCGAGCACCAGCGUCGUGAAAUUGCUCAUCGCAAGCGUCUCCAAGCCGAACAGCGCGAAGGCGAAUAUGACGAGUCUCUUCCCCCCUUGAUUCCAACGAUGCGAACUGGCCUUGAGGAUGAGUUCAUGUCGGGAUUCUGUUUCCUUCUUACGUCGAAGAGCUACCUCCAGGGUUCAUUCCAAGACAAUGACCACGGCACGGGCCCCUGGUGGAUUAGCUUCGAUCGGAGUCUUCCAUCUACAAUGAAGAAGCUGGACAUGAUUAAACGUCUUGAUAGUCCGCCGACUGAGCUUCAAAUUUUCAAGGAAUGGGGGAUUUCAGUCAAUCCUGAAAUUCGCGAUAUCAAUGGAUCUGAAAACAAUACUGUCACAGUCACAAAUAACUCUUCGGAUGGGGAAUGCGACCUUCAAUACGUUAUCUACGUCCAGUUCCUCGCGGCUAUCGAGCAGGAAAAGACUGCCCUCCUGGAAAUCACUGCACGCAGAUUCGCCGCUGGAAUCAUCUCCCAUCUCCCUGUCUCCAAAACUAUUUACUUUGAGUUCCGGAUUCCUGGUACAUCCUUGUCUUCCCUUAUAUCCGCUGCCCCCAACGGAUUCGAGGUUGGUGCCUCCCAUGAAUUUGAGGCGGGCUCGGUCAUGCGAGCACUGCCUCAGAUUAACCGUGACGUUUCUAUCCGCCCGAUACCACAUGACUUCUUUACAGUGGUUCUUGAUAAGCCUGCCUUCAUCCAAGAACCCAGUGUGCUCUUCUACAUCCUGUGGACCGACCCUCGGCUAUACAUUGAACCGCAGAGUACCGACACGGUCGUUGAGACUCUGCGGAGCGCUGGUAUUCAGGAAGCUGCAAGGAGGCUUGCCAUGCUAGCGGUGGAGGAGAAACUCCAGGAUUGUCCAAGGAAGCUCACGCGGGAGGAGCAUAGGGAACUAUUGUCUUUGUCGCCAGAGGAGUACGAACAGAAGAUGAACUUCUAG